AUGAUAACAACGACUUUUGCUCGUCACGUGAAACCAUCCAUGCCAUCAGUGCUCCGUAUUAUCGCACGUGAACAGCAUUUCUUAGCAAAUGUUCCAUUAAAGAAACGCGGUGUUGACAAGGUUUCCGCUGACAAUCUCAAGGGAAAGGUGCUAUUGCUCUACUAUUCCGCUGGAUGGUGCAGAUCAUGCAGAAUGUUCACCCCCAAAUUAAAGAAGUUCUAUGAGGAACUAGGAGACGCUGAACGUUCAAAUCUUGAAGUUGUCUGGAUAUCUCGUGAUAAAGAGGCUGCGGAUCAACUGGAGUAUUACGAAAAGGCAAUGCCUCCAUGGUACUACAUACCGUUCGGCGAUCCAAAUAUCCAAGGGUUUCUGGAGAAAUAUGGCGUAAAGGUGAUUCCGGCGUUGAAGCUGGUCAAUGACAAAGGCGAAGUGCUCAGUGAAAGUGCAAGGGCUGACGUGGAGGGUUGUGUAAAGGAUGAGGCCACAAAGUGCUACAACAAAUGGAAGGGUCUGUACUGA